AUGGGCAGGAAGAAAAUACAGAUUGCCCGUAUUCUGGACCAUCGUAAUAGACAGGUCACUUUUACCAAGAGGAAGUUUGGAUUGAUGAAAAAGGCAUAUGAGCUGAGUGUACUUUGUGACUGCGAGAUUGCUCUCAUUAUCUUCAGUGGUACCAAUCGACUCUUUCAGUAUGCCAGCACCGACAUGGACCAAGUGCUUCUGAAAUACACAGAUUAUACAGAGCCUCAUGAGAGCCGUACUAACUCAGACAUCCUGGAGGCCCUGAAGCGGAGGAAGCUGGGGCAGGAGACUGAGGAGGUAUUGGAGCAUGAAAUAAAGCAACAAAAUGAUAGCAUUAAUCUGACCACUGCCCAUCAAAUGUCUCCUAAGCCUUUGCAAUUGAACCAUGAUGCUCCACUCUCAAAACCUUCUCCCAGCAACAAAGGCAGGGCUCAUAUAUUUCCUCCAUCGGUAAUCAAAUCCACAAAUCACGGGUCUCCAGCGGUGAAGAAGAGAUCAUCACCUGAGCCUACAGAACUUGGUACUUAUUCCAGCCCAGGAACAUUUUUAAAUAUUUCCUCCAUUACACUGACUGAAAACUUUAAAGAUGGAACCUCCAAAGCCAUGUUUUAG